AUGGUGCCAGCACAAGUGAGCAUCUUCUGCGCCGUCAUGUAUGUGCUCGAGUCCUUGCUAAUAAUUGGGCAAAGCUGUUUAACAGUUGCAGUGCUGUUCAGAGACUGGAUGCACUUUCAAAGAUUGUCACCAGUGGAGAUGAUCCUCAUCAGCCUGGGCUUCUCCCAUUUCUGUCAGCAAUGGGCGUCGAUGAUGUACAACUUGGGAACGUAUUCUAGGCCUGUGCAUUCACUUUGGAAGAUUUCAGUCGUGUGGCAGUUCAUGAACAUCUGGACAUUCUGGCUAACCAGCUUGCUUGCUGUCUUCUACUGUGUCAAGGUCUCUUCUUUCACAUACCCCGUCUUCCUCUGGCUGAGGUGGAAAUUUCUGAAAUUGGUUCCCUGGUUGAUAUUGGGUACUCUGAUAGCUUCUUGUUUAUCAGUUAUCCCUUCUAUUGUUAAGAAUCACAUCCACAUGAAAUUAAUCACCCUGGAUCAUUUACCCAGAAACAGUUCUUUGAUUCUAAGACUUAAAAUGUUUGAAGAAUAUUUUAAUAGUCCUCUUAACAUGGUGGGGUUUGGUGCUCCCUUCUUCGUGUUCCUGGUUUCUAUCAUCUUACUCACAGUCUCGCUGGUCCAGCACUGGGAGCAGAUGAAACAGUAUAACACCAGAAGCUCCAGCCUGAAGGCUCAGUCCACUGUGCUGAGGACUCUUGCUACCUUCUUUAUCUUCUUUACCUCCUACUUUCUGACUGUAGUAAUAUCAUUUAUUGGUACCAUAUUUGAUAAGAAAUCAUGGUUCUGGGUCUCCGAAGUUGUCAUCUAUGGUUUUGUCUGUAUUCACUUUACUGUACUGAUGAUGAGCAACCCCACACUGAGAAAAGCACUGAAGCUGCAGUUCUGA